AUGAUUGAUCCUGUGAUAGAUCCCGAUGGAAACAGCUACGAACGACGAGCAAUAAACGAUUGGUUGACGCAUAAUUCAACGUCACCAAUCACUCGAAACACUUUAAUUAUCCAUGAUCUAACACCGAAUCAAGCGUUACGUCAGACCAUUGAACAAUUUAAGGCAGCCAAUAACGUUACGCCGCCUGCUUUAGUUACAUCAACUCUUGCCACAACGGAGUCUCUCGACAUUGAUCUGAAAGUUAGUGUUAGUUAUGAAGGUGGCUGCGCCUAUAUUUCAGUCAAACCACCAAUAGGUAUUCAGCGUACCCCGUGUGAUAUUUGCUGUGUCGUUGAUACUUCGGGCUCGAUGCAACACGAAGUUGAGUCAAAAAAUGAGCAAAAUAAGGUGGAAACAUUUGGUCUAUCUCAGUUAGAUCUCGUCAAGCAUGCCCUCAAAACCAUCAUUCACACGCUGAGUGAACACGACCGUUUGUCGGUAGUCGAAUUUAAUCGAAAGGCAACAGUUUUAUUUCAACUGUUGGAAAUGAAUCAGGAUGGAAAGGCAAGUGCUCUGGCAGCCAUCGAGCAGCUCGAGCCAAAUGGAGCAACAAAUCUGUGGGAUGGACUAAAGAAUGGACUUGAUGUUCUCUCGAAAGGAUCAACUGAUAAAAGUAAUUCGGCAUUGUUUAUUCUUACGGAUGGCUGUCCGAACGAAGAGCCACCGAGUGGCCACAUACCAACGUUAAAAGAGUACAAAGAAAAAACAGGCUUUUCAUGUACCAUAAACACAUUUGGAUUCGGAUAUACACUAAACAGUCAGUUACUAGAAGAAAUUGCUGUUAUUGGAAAUGGUACAUAUUCAUUUAUCCCUGACGGUGGUUUUGUUGGCACAAUAUUCAUUAAUGCUCUCAGCAGUCUUCUAACAACUGUUGCCACAAACGUUACCUUAGAGGUAAAACCUUCUCAAAUAUCGACCGUUCUCGAUGAAAAAUACACAACAUUAUAUGAAACCGAAAAGUUUGACGGUAACGGUUUAAAGAUUCACAUUGGUUCUGUCACCUAUGAUCAACAAAAAAGUGUCAUUAUACCGAUAAUGAAUGAUGCAACACAAGUGUCUUUUGCACUUCAUUAUACAUCACCGCUCAAUAAAGAAUCUACAAAAAUUUCGGUUGAAAAAGGAACAACGAACGUUAACGGUUUUUUGAUUGAUCACUAUCGAUUAGAAUUCGUUAAUACAGUGAGAACAGCAAUGAAUUUAAUGGAAAGUGACAAGUUUGAUAAUGCUCAAAAUAUAAUAAAAACAUUGGCGAAAGAUAUGAAAUCAUCAACGGUUGCCAAAGAGCCGUUUAUCGUUGAUUUGUUGAAAGAUUUGGAAGGACAAGUUACUGAGGCAAUAUCAAAGAAGGAAUGGUUUGAACGAUGGGGAAAACUGUAUUUACCGUCACUUGCACGUGCUCAUCUCAUGCAACUCUGCAACAAUUUCAAAGAUCCAGGCGUUCAACAUUAUGGUGGUGAAUUGUUUAAUCGUCUCCGAGAUGAAAUUGAACAGAUAUUUAUCGGUCUUCCUUCACCCAAACCAUCAGCUCGUCCUGCAGCUGAACCCGUUCCAAUGAAUACCUACAUGAACUAUUCAGCAGGCUGUUUUCACGGUAAUUGCAUCGUGACUUUAAAUAAUGGUCAAACUAAAUUACUCAACAAAAUUCAACGAGGUGACAUUUUAAGUGGUGGUGCUCGUGUUGUUUGUGUCGUUGAAACUUUGUGUAAUAGUGAAGCAGUUACAUUUGUUUGUGAUGAAUUAUGUGGUAAGAAAAGUGAUGAAAAUUAUAAAUCACAUUUUCAGUUUUAUAUUAAUCAUUAUGAUAUUGUCCCAUAUCUCCUUUCGAUUGUCUGUCAGGAAGGAGAACGUGCAUUAAAAGGAGCAAUAGUUUCUAGUGCAAUUAACGCAAUAAAACAAAGAGCAACUACUUCUCUUCCUCCUACGGCUGCUGAAGCUUUACUUCGUCUUCCACCAGUUUGUCAUACACUUUUAGAGUUGGCAAUAGUUGCAUAUAAACCAUUUGAAAAGAUUUUGUUCAAAGUACCACGAAGUGAUACCGGUGAAAUUGAUUUUGAAUUAUUAUUAAGGUAUUGUCAAGAUCAUUAUAUUGAAAAUUAUAUAAGAGAAAUACAUGUCAAUGUAAUUCACAAUCAUAUUCAAAAUGAACAUAAUCGUCCUGAUCAUCAUCAAGAUGUUAAAUUAGUUGAUUAG